AUGGAUAUACUGCCCAUUUCCUAUCCCUUUAUUUUUCUGCUCAUCACUUUUCUAGUCUUUUAUAAUGUGAAUCCCAGAUUCAAAUACUUCUGCAAGAUGACCUUCUAUAAGUUGUGGAUCUUCAUCAUUUCUGGUCUUGUUGUUAUUGUGAGCAUUCCUCGUGGACGUAACCCGGAAAACAUGAAAUAUUUGCAAAUGCUGUUACUGCCACUCAAAUACAUCUUUGGUAUCAAGAUAGUGGUGAAAGGCAAGGAGAACCUCAGAACUAACAAGCCCGCCAUACUUGUGCUGAAUCACCAGAACUCCCUUGACAUUACGGUGAUGAUGGAGAUACUACCAAGUCGCUGUGUGCCCAUUGCAAAGAAGGAAAUCCUAUACAUGGGUACCUUUGGCCUGGCAUGCUGGCUUUCGGGUAUAAUUUUCAUUAAUCGGAAGAAGAGAGAAGAGUCUAUCAAUAUCUUGACAGAGGUGGCRCACUCCAUGAACAAAGAGAAUUUCCAAGUCUUGAUCUUCCCUGAAGGAACACGUAACCAUGCAGGGUCCAUGUUGCCUUUCAAACGUGGAGCCUUCCAGUUGGCAGUAAAAGCCCAGGUCCCCAUUAUUCCCGUGGUGAUCUCUUCAUACGACAGCUUCUAUAGUCAGAAGGAGAGGAGAUUUACAACAGGGAAGAGCACCAUCCAGAUCCUGCCAGCAGUGGAAACCCAAGGCCUGGGCCCAGAUGAUGUUCCCAAGCUCACCGAGCAAGUCCGUGACUCAAUGCUUGCUGCCUAUCAGGGGAUAUCAGGCAUGACAAAUGGAGCUUCCCACUAG